AUGUCGAUUCAAUUAGAUAUAAUAGGUCUUCUUCAAGCAAUAGCUCGUACUUUGAAUGCAUUCAAUCUUGAAGCCGGUUCAGCACUCAUCGAACGAGCUUUGGUGAAUAUUAAUGAUGAUCCUAACAAUACUCAAUUACUCGCUAAUCUAAAACAGGAACUUGGGCAAUUGCCACCACUAACAAAUCUCAAUAUUCAUGGCGAAAUGCUUUGGUUUAUUGAAAAAGUAAUUGAAUAUGUACAAGCUGCUAAUGUGAUCAACAAAAAACUUGUAACACGAACUGUCGAAAAGCUUUAUCGUGGUUUAGAACCAUAUGCUCGAAAUGACACACAACGAACGGCCUUGAUCGAAAUGCAAACUGCCAAAGAUGAUGCACUAGGAAUGUGGCUGUGGGAUGGGUGCCGACAAGAUUCACAUCAUGCACCCAUCCAAAAUAAAUGUCUUAAUGACCUUAAAGUUUGUGCAAAGUCUUACAUUAUUGAAUUUUUCAUGGGUCGUAAUUAUAAAGAACAAACAAGAACUGAAAUAUUAGCUAUUGGUAUUCAAGGUGAUCGUCAUUCAUUAUGUGGUGCUAUUAAAAGAUUUGAACUUAAUGGUAAACAAUGGAAUGGUUUACUUUCUCUCAAAGAACAAUGUGCACGUUAUAUUGCUCUUAUUAAAAAUGAACAAAUUAAAUGGUUUAUUACUGCUUAUUUAUCUCCAGAUUUAUUUAAAUAUGUAACAAAAGAUAUAUUUAAUUUACGACGACGUGAAUUUCGAUUAAAUUAUGCAAAACCUUUAUAUAUGUGUCAAGAAUGUACAAUGGAUACUUAUGAAGAUCCAUCAGAUGAUUGUCAAUGUCCACAAAUAGAUACGGCAAUAGAUGCCUUGAAUAAUUAUCUUUUUCAACAAAAGACGACAAAAAUUAAUAAAUCAAAAAAAUUUGAAAUUAUUUAUAAAAUACCAAAUGAUGAAAUGGAUCAUAGUGAUGAAUUAAAAAGUUCAACAUCAUUUUUUCUUUAUCUUUCACCAAGUCAAUACAAUGCUGAAACUUAUAUGGAUGAUGAACCUUUUGAUGAAUAUAAUUUAAUUAAUUCACAUAUAUCUGCAAAAGAUAAACUUUUAUUUGUUGAUACUAUGCGUUUUUUUGGUGGAUUUCGAACUAAAUAUCAAGAACCUCAACUUAUUUUUUAUCGUCGUAGUGAAUUAGAACUUUAG